GAGAUGAAUCUUCACAGCCAUCUCAAGUUACACAAAAACAAGCCUACAAGCUUAAAUAUUGUAGCCACUUAGCUUCCCCAACCUAGCUAAUAUAUCUUGAUCAAUGGCUUCUUUUAAUUUUGCCUUCAAGAUUUUUGCUGUUUCUGCUCUUGCAUUUGCUUUCUGCUUCCAGGGAACCUUAGGAAGCAUAGCGUGUGAGGAUCUGAACAAGGAGUCAUGUGCCUACGCGAUAUCAUCGAGUGGGAAGCGGUGUGUGCUGGAGCAGCGUGUACGUAGAAGUGGGGAGGAAGCAUUCACUUGCGGUACGUCGGAGAUUGAGGCUGACAAGCUCAAGGACUGGAUUGAAAGCGAUGAAUGUAUCCGUGCCUGCGGUUUGGAGAGGAACGUUCUUGGAAUCUCAUCGGACUCUCUUCUUGAGCCUCACUUCGCCAGGAAGCUUUGCUCUACUCAAUGCUACAACAACUGCCCCAACAUCAUCGACCUUUACUUCAAUCUUGCUGCCGGUGAAGGACUAUUUCUUCCAAAAUUCUGUGCAUCUCGAGGAAGGAGGACACGACGUGGAAUGAGCGAGCUAAUCAGAAGCUCAGGAGGUGUUGCAGCAGGGCCAGUGAGUGCUGGUAAGUUGAUGGUGGCGGAGGGGCCCGAAGCGGAGGAGUUUAUGGAUGAGGAGGCAGAAGCACCGGCCGCAGACAACAUGUUGAUGGAGGAAGAAGCAGAAGCUCCAGCAUUCUUCUGAUACAUUAAGGAAUGAAAAUAGAGAAGGUGUUGUAAUAAGGAAUGUUUUGGGAUUCCAGUUUGGCCCGACUUGUUUUGGUUGUGCGCUGUAGUAAUAUCUGCGUUUACAUAUAUAUAAUUAAGUAUCUUUAAU